AUGUCGGCACCGCAGUCCGCCGCAGACUUCGUUUCCGCAGUGAGGCUGGAUUCCUCGCUCACGCUCGCGGCAUUCUCCAUCCUGUACUACGAUUACGCGCUCACGAUUACCUCCGAGAUCGAAUACUAUUGGAAUCCACCCUCAAUGUCGGCCCCUUUCGUGCUCUUCGUUGUAAGCCGGUACCUGGGUUUGCUGGGCCCACUGCCUGUUUUCUUCGAGUACUUUGGAGGAUUCCCUGAGCACGCUGCGAUCUUGACGAGCCACAGUUCAUUGUCAAUAAAUACCCCACUUGGAUUCAAGUUUCCGGGAUGCGACCUGUCGCUCACGGACGAGCAAGGAACUCGCAUGAGCAUCCCGCAAGUUGCAGUCUCGGCGGAGACCUUCGCUUCCUCCGUGCAAUUCGAUACUUGCAUAACGCUCGCGGCGUUCACCCUCCUAUAUUAUGAUUACGCCCUAACUGUGACAUCUGAGAUCGAUUGGUAUUGGAAUCCGCCCUCGCCAUCUGUACCCUUCGUACUAUUCACGGUGAGCCGGUACUUCGGCUUACUAGGUCCAAUCCCCGUGUUUCUCGAGUACUUUGGGCACAUCCCUGAACACGCUGCUGUUUUGACCAGUGUCAGUCCUCUAUCGACCAGCACUCUGCUGAAUUUCGGAAUCACUGGAUGCAAUCUGUCUUUGAAUACCGAGCAGGGUAUUCAUUUGGCACUUGCAUGGAGUGCAAUGUUGUGGUUCGACACGGCGAUCUUUGCUUUGACGUUCUACAAAGCGAUGCAGGUACGGCAUUAUAUGCCUGGGAUGCUGCUAGUGACAAUGUUCCGAGACGGCACAAUAUACUACGGUAUACUCAUUGUCGUCAACACUCUGAACAUCACUACCUUCCUGAUUGUACCAAUACAAGCAUACCAUGCGUACUUCACUGUAGCCAGUCAAGUCGUCGUUGGACUGCUACUCGUGAUACGCACUUACGCCCUUUACAACGGAAGCAAGGCACUCUUGGCCACCUUCUGCGCUUUCGGGAUCGUGAUGUUCGCUGCUACCCUCGUCGCGAUGACCGUGAUGGUACCCCCCGAACCCCCUGCGAAGAUCCUUCCCCAAGCUCUUGGAUGUGAUCUCUCCGUCAGUCUUCCGGUGGCGAUUCUGGGUUGGAUCGCGAUGGUGUGUUUCGACACUAUGAUCUUCGUCCUCACCGUGGCCAAGGCGUUCAGAAUGGCCCCGUUCUGGCAUCACCGCCUGCUUUCGAUUUUGUUUCGAGAUGGAGCCGUCUACUACAUCAUAAUGGGUUUGGUGAAUUCAGGAAAUCUUCUUACGCUUGUGUUACCGAGCAUAGGAGACACCAACAGGGGCUUUUUGACAUCGUUAACCAAUGCCAUCUGCACGACCAUAACCUCGCGGAUGCUACUGAAUCUCCGCGAUCCCGAGCUGCAAGGCGGCACCCUGCGCGUCGGGAGAUGGUCGAUAUCGCGCACGUCGCAAGUUGCCGUAGCGGGUUCAACAGCAUCCAGUGAAGCGAAGACAGCCCAGGCUGCAGCAAGCGACUGCGGACCAGUAUGCAACCAUACUACGAUCUUGGUUGAGCCGCAGCCUACAGGCCGUGUAGAAGUCUAG